AUGCGAGAAGGAAAUGGCUCAAGAGUGAAGGAAUUUAUCCUUCUGGGUUUCCCUGGAUCUCGAGAACUCCAGAUCUCUCUUUUUGUGGUUUUUUUCUUCAUGUAUCUCCUUACACUCAUUGGAAAUGUGGCUAUCAUAGUUUUAGUGAAGAUCUUUCAGAAGCUCCAUACACCCAUGUACUUCUUCCUCUGCAAUCUUUCAUUCCUGGAGAUAUGGUACACAACAGCCUGUAUUCCUAAGACUUUGUCAGUCCUUGUCGCUCACAAUCAAACCAUCUCAUUCCUAGGGUGCAUCACACAGAUGUACAUUGUUUUCUCCCUGGGAUGUACAGAAUAUUUCCUGUUGGCUGUCAUGGCUUAUGAUCGCUAUUUGGCCAUCUGUCACCCCUUACACUAUAACAUCAUCAUGUCUAAAACGUUGUCUGUACAAAUGGCAUUUAGCUGUUGGAUAUGUGGUUUCUUAAUUAUUUCUUUUCCAGCCUUCCUUAUCACCCAACUGUCUUUCUGUGACUCCAAUGUUAUCAACCAUUUCUUUUGUGACAUUGAGCCUUGGAUAGUUCUUUCUUGCACAAGUACUUACACAGUUGAAAUUGUCUGGUUUAUUAUUGCUGCGAUUGUCAUCGUGGGAUCCUGCAUGAUUACCUUGAUUUCCUACAUUUAUAUCAUUGCUACAAUAUUAAGGAUUGCAUCAGUUCAAGGACGUCAACGAGCUUUCUCCACUUGCUCUUCUCACCUCACAGUGGUGAUUAUAUGGUAUGGUGCUACCAUUUUCCUUCAUGUCAUACCUUCCAAACAGCAGUCACAAGAAUUGUCCAAAAUAGUCACUGUAUUGAAUACAAUUGUCACCCCCCUUUUAAACCCCUUCAUUUAUACACUCAGAAAUACAGAAGUGCAAGAAGCUUUGAGGACUAUAUUUAGAGCCUCAGCUGUAAAUCUCAGUAGAAGACACAAUAAGGAUAAUAAGUUAACCUCACAUCAUCCAUGA